AUGCUGGAAUACUUCAAGCGAGACCAAGAUCUUAAGAUUGUGAGAUUCGAGGGUGAUGAUGAGCCGAGGACAGAGUCUGAAGAGCUUCUGCGAGAUAGAAGAUAUCACAGACCUCGCCCUUCGACAACCUCCAAAGCCUGGAUUUAUCUCACAUUGACCAACCUUCUACUAUGUGGAACUACGCUUAUCUUGUUCCUGAGAGCCCCGUAUUCUCUGUUUCCGCAAAACAAUGCCGUUUUGCGGCCCAUUUCCUGGUGGUCUCCAAUUUUGGAUCAGAUCGAGAUCCCCAGAUAUUCUACACAAUUAAACGGGACCCUGUUCUCCAAACCAAACGUGUCGAUGGCCCGAGAAGAACCAGGACCGGCCAACGACGCGAAGUGGGUUGAAUUCGAGGACAUCUUGACUCAUGUUGUCUCGAGAGAGGAAAUUCUCAAGCUGGGCAAGGAUCCCGAUACGGUUGCACGCUUUGACAACAAAUACUGGGGGCUUGGUGAGAACGCAUAUAUGGUCCAACUGGACGUCAUGCAUCAAAUCCACUGCCUCAACAUGCUUCGCAAGGCAGCGUUCGCCGACUACCCAGGAUAUACCCCCAGAAUGGACGCACAUGAUAAGAUAUGGUGGAUCCACCUUGGUCACUGUACCGAUAUUCUGCUCCAGAAUAUCCAGUGCAACGCGAACACCGAGGUUUUGACCCUGGACUGGAUGGAGGAUUAUCCUCGACCCUUCCCUGACUUUAGUGUCAAUCGCAAGUGCCGGGAUUUCAACGCAAUCGUGGAUUGGCAUUACCAGAACAUGGUUGACAAAGAGAAAUAUAAUAAUAUGCCAGUUCCACAGGAUCAGCAUAUUUGGCCGGCCCCCUGGCUGAACGAUCGGGAGUCUGAACUGGGCCAUAAGCUGGGGCAACAUCACCAGCAAGAAGGGGAUCCCCUGGACACGAGUGUCCCCGUCCCUCAUCAUCACGGUCAUUGA